AUGAUUCAUUACAAAGCGAAAGGAUCUCCCGAAGUUGCUCUCCGAAUUGAACAAUUACUUCAACAACAUUCCAUUCCAACCGGAAGAGAAUUCCACCGAGGUCUAGAUCAUGGAACAUGGGUCAUUCUUAAUUCCCUGUUCCCCGAGGCCAAUAUUCCUGUCGUUCAAUGUUCCAUUGAUGGACAUCAAAGCUCUGUCGAGCAUCAUUUCCGUAUUGGACAAGCAGUAGCUCCAUUAGCUCAUGAAAAUGUAUUGGUCAUUGGUUCGGGAGUUACUGUUCAUAAUUUAAGAAAGAUGAAUUGGAAAGGAGGCGAAAAACAACACGUACAGAAAUGGGUCUUUGAUUUUGAUCAGUGGUUGAUCGAUCAAUUGUUGCAACAACGAAACGUGAAGAAUUUGUUUGACUAUGAGAAGCUAGCGCCCAAUGCAAGGGAUGCUGUUCCAUCGGAGGAUCAUUUUGUUCCCUUAUUUGUGCCUAUGGGAAUGGGAUUUAGUGGAGAAUUCGAGGAAGCAACGACGAAGCGUUUAGAACCACCUUCCAUAUCGUCCUCCGUUCAACCUCAAGUGUUGGAACGAUUUUAUGAUUUUGGAUGUUUGAGUUAUUUGGUUAUAUCAUUUUAA